AUAAUCGAAUGCAUGGUGCUGGCUGGCGCGCGGCAGUCCAGUGUUCAGUCGUGUAAACACGUAUGCUAUAGUGUAUAGUACCAUAGUACGUGCGUAGGAGGCCUACGUGGAUAUGAUAUCUAUCUUGAAUUAUUAGUUGCGAGCAAGUUGAAGGUCUAGCUUCUGGAAGGAAUCACUGGAUCUAGAUCUACAUUUGCGAUAUACUGUGAUCAUUGUUUGGUAGAGGAAGAUGAGGAGACUAAAUAGGAAGGAGACAUUGAAGGUUGUAAAGGAAUUGGAUGCCUUCCCUAAGAUUCCAGAAGAUUAUGUCAAGACUACAUCUACUGGAGGAACAGUAUCUAUCGUAACGUUCAUCGUGAUAGCCGGUCUGGUGAUCUCAGAGUUCAUGUAUUACCUGGACUCCAGGAUGAAGUAUGGUUAUGAUGUGGAUACAGACUUCAACACUAAAUUACAGAUCAACAUCGACAUUACUGUGGCAAUGAAAUGUGAUUAUAUAGGAGCAGAUGUGUUAGAUUCUGCCGGAGAUUCUGCUAUGUUUAAAUUCAGCGGAAAACUGAAAGAGGAACCAACGUCUUUUGAGAUGACUCCACAACAAAGAUCCUGGCACAAGACAUUACAGACAGUAAGGAAGGCUCUAAGUGAAGAACAUGCUAUACAGGAUCUGUUAUUCCAAACAGGGUUUAGUAGUAAACCAACUAACCAGCCACAGAGGGUAGAUUCAGGCAAGAAGCUGGAUGCGUGUAGGUUACAUGGCUCUCUGACAACAAAUAAGGUUGCUGGUAACUUUCAUGUGACGAUUGGUAAGAGUAUACCUCACCCUCGCGGCCACGCCCAUCUAGCACUCAUGAUAGACCCCAAUAAUUAUAAUUUUUCUCAUCGGAUAGAUCAUUUUUCUUAUGGUACACCUGUCCCUGGUAUAGUAAAUCCUUUGGACGGAGAUCUCAAGGUCACCAAUGAAUCUCUUCAAAUUUACCAGUAUUUUAUUCAGAUUGUACCAACCAAGGUGAAGACUCGAGCAGCUAAGGCUCAUACACAUCAGUAUGCCGUCACUGAAAGGGAGCGUGUAAUAAACCAUGGCGCUGGUAGUCAUGGGGUUACAGGAAUAUUCUUUAAAUAUGAGCUCUCAUCCCUCGUCAUCUCGGUUGAAGAAGUUUAUGAUCCUUUCUGGAAACUACUCGUUAGACUCUGUGGCAUUGUGGGUGGUGUAUUUGCUACAUCAGGUAUUAUCAAUAGCCUGAUGGGUCUCAUCAUGGAUGUGGUGUGCUGCAGAUUCAACAAGUUCAAGUCCUUGAAGACUGAAGAGGAAUCGUUACCUGGCCAUCAUUUAGAGACCGAUCAACCUCCUUCCUCCCCGGGUAUACUUGCAUCAUCAUCAUCAUCAUCUACUCCUAACUGAUAUGACAGACUAUCCUCUGGCCUGGUGUUCUAGACCAACCUUUUUUUGUAGGGAUACAGUUUGAACUUAUUAAUAAUCUAGGGCCACUUUCUUGAAAUUAUAAUUAACACAUGUUAAUUAUAUGUCACACUUUUUUUAUGUGAUGUCAACAAACUUUAAUAUACACUAUGAAAAUGACGGACAAAGAAAGCGGACAAAAUAUACAGUUCCUCAGGUAGACAAAGGAGCAUC